ACAUUUUACCUAGACUUUGAUUUGCUUAACUCCAUCACUUUUCAUCAUCCAACAUGACAGACACCAACACAAAUUCUGCAUCAAAGAGAUUGGCAGUUGUUACAGGAGCUAAUAAAGGGAUUGGAUUGGAGAUAUGUCGCCAGUUAGCCUCCAAUGGUGUAGCAGUGAUUUUGACAGCCAGAGAUGAGAACAGGGGUGUUGAAGCUGUUGAGAAGCUCAAAGGGUCUGGACUAUCUGAUGUGGUUUUUCAUCAGCUGGAUGUGAUUGAUUCUGCUAGUAUUGCUUCCCUUGCUCAUUUCAUCAAAACCCAAUUUGGAAAGCUAGAUAUCUUGGUGAACAAUGCAGCUGUCUCUGGAGUCAAAUUAGAUGAUGAUACUAGUAGAGCCCUAAUGACAAUGGAUGGUUCUCCAGAAGUAAAGCUAGCUAAAUUUUGGCAACUGGCAAGGCAAACUUAUGAGACGGUUGAAGAAUGUCUACUAGUGAACUACUAUGGCACCAAAAGAGUCACUGAAGCACUUCUUCCUAUCCUUCAGCUAUCUGAUUCGCCGAGAAUUGUAAUUGUUUCUUCCUCUGCAGGGAAGCUACAGAACAUCUCACACACUUGGGCCAAGGAAGUGCUAAGUGAUAUUGAUGGCCUCACAGAAGAGAGAGUGGAUGAGGCAGUGAACAAGUUUCUGAAGGAUUUCAAGGAGGGUUUAUUGGAGACUCAAGGCUGGUCUGCCUAUAAUAUGUCCAAAGCAGCUUUGAAUGCCUACACAAGGAUUCUAUCAAAAAAGUUUCCCAAAUACCGAAUAAAUUGUGUCUGCCCAGGUUACGUCAAAACUGACUUCAACUACAACACAGGGAAUUUCACUGUUGAAGAAGGUGCAGCAGGUCCUAUAAAGUUGGCUUUGUUGCCUGAUGAUGGUCCUUCUGGGCUAUUCUUUUUCCAGAAGGAAGUGACUUCCUUUUGAUUGAAUACUGUCUCAGAUUAUUAUUUUUUUCCUGGUUGGUGGUUGGGGAUGAAGAUCAUCUUAUUUGGUUGAAUGUUGUUCAAUAUUGUCUUCCUGAGAUAGAAAAAAGCUAGAACUACCUUGUUUCCUGUCAUAGUUCUUUGUUCCUAUGUAUUAACUAUCUCUCUAAUUAAUGAUAAAAUAAAGUGUUACAAUUGGUACUGAA